AUGCUUCAUUAAAAUCAAAAAAAAACUGCAAUUUCAACUUAGAAAAGAAAAUAUUGGACUUACUAAGAAGAUAAAUUAUUAGAGAAGGCUGUUAAACUGCAUAACUCAAAUUGGAAAACGAUAGCUGAAUAUUUUAUAGGAAGAAAUGGGAGUUAGUGUUCGUAAAGAUGGAAAAGAAUUAAACCUCCAACCGUAAAGAUUAAUUCCUUAUUAUUAGAUUGAAAAAAAAAAUUUUUGGACUCCUGCCGAAGAUGACUUUCUUAGAAGACUUGUAACAUAACAUAAAUUUGAAUGGAAGAAAAUAACAAGCUUCAUGCAAAAUAGAACAACAAAAUAGGUUCGAGAACGCUAUAUCAAUCAUUUAGAUCCUCUUAUCAACAAAAGACCAUGGACAUUAGAAGAGGAUUAAUCGUUGUGGUCAUUAUAUUAAUAGUAUGGACCAAAAUGGUCGAAAAUUUCAUAAAUUCUCCAAGGGAGACCUGUAAAUUUUUAUUUAAUUGACUUUUUAGGAGAACACAAUCAAAAAUAGAUUUUAUGGACAUAUAAGAAAAUUUUAUGCAAAAUUAGAAAACCCAUAUUAUAUUGUUCCUAUAAGAAAUAGAAGUAUGGAAAAGGAUUUCAAACAAGUUAUGAGUAAUAAAAAUUUUUCUUCAAUCUCUUAAGAUAAUAAAUCUAAACAAAUUCACUCAAGUAAUACUUAGAUUAUAUAAAAUAGAUAAUAAAAAAAUUCUUCUUAAUUAAGAAGAUGAAAUUCUAGAUAUUAGUUUUUAAAGCUACAAAUUUUUAGACUCUAAAAUAGAUAUUUAAGAUGAAGAUAUUGAAGAAUUCUCAGAUUCUGGAAAACAUAUGAUAGAAGAUUCACAUGUUAAUAGACUAUGCAAAAGUUUUACUUAAGAAUUUCAUGAUGAAGAUUCCUUUUUGAACAUUGAAAACCGAAUCAUUACCUAAACUUUUGAAUUUUAUUUUUAUUAAAGUUAGCAAAGUACGAUAGAUGUCAAUCAAAGUGAAAGAAUUUUUGAAAAUGAGAAUUUGAAAUGA